GCCCCGCCCCUUCCGCCCUCCUCCCUGCUCACCUUCCUCCUUCCCGCCCUCCUUCCCUCCCUGUAACAGGGGUGGCCGCCCUUUUCCCCUGCAGCCUAUCGCAGAGGGCGUCGCCGUCCACGCUGACCAAUAGGAGUGGUGGCCGGCACCGCGAGCCCCGCCCCGCGCCUGCGUCGGGUGAAGUGGGCUCCCUGGCGAAGCCAGUGCAGGUCUGACGCCAUGUGGCGCUGCGGCGGGCGGCCGGGCCUGCUGACGCUGAGGCGGCUGGGCGGCGGGCAUGCAUACCACAAAGCGUGGCGAUGGAGCAGUACCCGGGCUUGUGAGAGGGCUCUGCAGUAUCAAGUGGGAGAGAAAAUCCACGGCUUCACCGUAAACCAGGUGACAUCUGUUCCUGAGCUGUUCCUGACUGCAGUGAAGCUCAGCCAUGAUGUCACAGGAGCCAGGUAUUUACACCUGGCCAGAGAAGACACAAAUAAUCUGUUCAGCGUGCAGUUCCGCACCACUCCCAUGGACAGCACUGGAGUUCCUCACAUCCUUGAGCACACUGUCCUCUGUGGGUCUCAGAAAUAUCCAUGCAGAGACCCUUUCUUCAAAAUGUUGAACCGCUCCCUCUCCACGUUCAUGAACGCCUUCACAGCUAGUGAUUACACCCUGUAUCCAUUUUCCACACAAAAUCCCAAGGACUUUCAGAAUCUCCUCUCGGUGUAUUUGGAUGCCACUUUUUUCCCAUGUUUACGAGAGCUGGAUUUCUGGCAGGAAGGAUGGCGGCUGGAACAUGAGAAUCCCAGCGACCCCCAGACACCCUUGGUCUUUAAAGGAGUCGUCUUUAAUGAGAUGAAGGGAGUGUUUGCAGACAAUGAGAGGAUAUUCUCCCAGCACCUUCAGAACAGACUUCUUCCCGACCACACUUACUCAGUGGUGUCCGGGGGCGACCCAUUGUGCAUCCCGGAGCUUACGUGGGAACAACUUAAGCAAUUUCAUGCCACUCACUAUCACCCAAGCAAUGCCAGAUUCUUCACGUACGGUAAUUUUCCAUUAGAACAGCAUCUGAAACAAAUUCAUGAGGAAGCACUGAGCAAAUUUCAGAAAAUUGAACCCAGCACUGUGGUGCCAGCUCAGACACCCUGGGACAAGCCAAGGGAAUUCCAGAUAACAUGUGGCCCGGACUCACUUGCUACAGAUCCCUCUAAACAAAGAACCGUCAGUGUUAGCUUCCUCUUACCGGACAUCACCAACACAUUUGAGGCCUUCACAUUAAGUCUUCUGUCUUCACUCUUGAUUUCUGGACCCAAUUCUCCCUUUUACAAAGCCUUGAUUGAAUCUGGCCUUGGCACAGACUUUUCUCCGGAUGUUGGGUACAAUGGCUACACGAGGGAGGCCUACUUUAGCGUUGGCCUCCAGGGGAUUGCAGAGGAAGACAUUGAGACUGUCAGAAACCUAGUAGACAGAACGAUUGAUGAAGUCAUUGAGAAAGGAUUUGAAGAUGAACGAAUUGAAGCUUCACUUCAUAAAAUUGAAAUACAGAUGAAACAUCAGUCUACCAGCUUUGGACUGACUCUGACAUCAUACAUAGCUUCUUGCUGGAACCACGAUGGGGACCCUGUGGAGCUCUUGAAGUUGGGAAAUCAGUUGGCUAAAUUCAGACAGUGCCUGCAGGAAAAUCCAAAAUUUUUAGAAGAAAAAGUAAAACAGUAUUUUAAGAAUAAUCAGCAUAAGCUGACUUUAUCAAUGAGGCCGGAUGACAAGUAUCGCGAGAAGCAAGCUCAGCUGGAGGCCACGAAGCUCAAGCAGAAGGUUGAGGCCCUGUCCCCCAGAGACAGGCAGCAGGUCCACGAGAAAGGUUUAGAAUUACGGACGCGGCAAAGCAAACCUCAGGAUGCCUCUUGCCUGCCAGCGUUGAAAGUUUCAGAUAUCGAGCCCACCAUACCUGCCACGGAGCUGGACGUGGUCCUGACAGCUGGAGAUAUCCCUGUUCAGUACUGCCCUCAGCCCACCAAUGGCGUGGUGUAUUUCCGGGCCUUCUGCAGCCUGAACACACUCCCCGAGGAGCUGAGGCCCUACGUGCCCCUCUUCUGCAGCGUCCUCACCAAGCUGGGCUGCGGCCUUCUUGACUACCGGGAGCAGGCUCAGCAGAUCGAACUGAAGACUGGAGGGAUGAGUGCUGCUCCCCACGUGCUCCCCGACGACUCACACAUGGACACCUACGAGCAGGGUGUGCUUUUCUCCUCUCUCUGCCUGGAUCGAAACUUGCCAGACAUGAUGCAUCUAUGGAGUGAAAUAUUUAACAACCCGUGCUUUGAAGAAGAAGAGCACUUCAAAGUGCUGGUGAAGAUGACCGCCCAGGAGCUUGCCAAUGGAAUUCCCGACUCCGGACACCUGUACGCAUCCAUCAGGGCUGGCAGGACCCUCACGCCCGCAGGGGACCUGCGGGAGGCCUUCAGUGGGAUGGAUCAGGUACGGCUGAUGAAGAGGAUUGCAGAAAUGACAGACAUCAAACCCAUCCUGAGGAAGCUCCCGCGUAUCAAGAAGCACCUAUUAAAUGGUGAUAAUAUGAGGUGUUCAGUGAAUGCGACUCCUCAGCAGAUGGCUCAGACAGAAAAAGUGGUAGAAAACUUCCUUAGAAGCAUUGGUCGAAGUAAGAAGGAACGGAGGCCCGUGCGUCCACACGUGGUCGAGAAACCUGCGCCUAGCAGCUCUGAUGGAGAUGCCCACGCUCGCAACGGCUCCCAGAUCAUUAGGAAGCUGGUCAUGGAACCCACCUUCAAGCCCUGGCAGAUGAAGACCCACUUCCUGAUGCCCUUCCCAGUGAACUACGUGGGCGAAUGCAUCCGAACUGUCCCCUACACGGACCCAGAUCAUGCCAGUCUCAAAAUCCUUGCAUGCUUGAUGACUGCCAAGUUUCUGCAUACAGAAAUUCGAGAAAAAGGUGGUGCUUAUGCUGGAGGUGCAAAACUCAGCCACAAUGGGAUUUUCACCUUUUACUCUUACAGGGACCCAAAUACAAUGGAGACACUCCAGUCUUUUGGGAAGGCUGUUGACUGGGCUAAGUCGGGAAAAUUCACACAGCAAGACAUCGACGAAGCCAAACUUUCUGUCUUCUCGACCGUAGAUGCUCCUGUCGCUCCUUCUGACAAAGGAAUGGACUACUUCCUGUCUGGCCUCUCAGAUGAUAUGAAGCAGGCCCACAGGGAGCAGCUCUUUGCCGUCAGCCGUGACAAGCUCCUGGCCGUGAGCGACAGGUACCUUGGCACGGGAAAGAGCACACAUGGCCUGGCCAUACUUGGACCAGAGAAUGCAAAAAUCGCCAAGGACCCAUCCUGGAUCAUCAGUUGAGCAGCCGUGGAGCUUUUGACGGCGCAGGAGCUCAGGUGUGCUACACACACAGGCGCUGAGAAAAUGAGCCUCUGAGCCGAACUGGAAAAGGCAGAAAUGUUACUGCUUUUUCCAAGGAUAUGAUGUCAUUCUUAAAAUUUUGCCAAAGCCAUUGACUGGCAAGUCAGAUAAAAACUUCUCUAUCUAUCUUAAGAGUGACCACGAAGAUUCAUUCAGAUAAUCAUGCAUGAAACAGCAAAUAUGUGCCACGUAGAACUUUAGCUCUGUGGUGACAGAAAGACUGACUUUUGCCUGAUUAACCCUAGAAUAUUUAUUUAGGAAUCUAAAAAUAAAGGGCAACUCUGACUUAC